AGAGAGCUUCAAAGCAAGGUCAGUGACCUUUUGUAAGCGUGCAGAGUGGAGAGAGAGACAGAGAGAAUGGGUGCCAAAGCUUUCUUCUUCUUUGCUUUAUUAUCUUUCUCAGCUGUGUCUCUCAGGGCAGCUUUUGCAGAGGAUGAGGAAGACCCAGGUCUUGUUAUGAACUUCUACAAGGACGCGUGCCCUCAAGCUGAAGACAUUAUAAGAGAACAAGUUAAGCUUCUGUACAAGAGACACAAGAACACUGCAUUUUCAUGGCUCAGAAACAUCUUUCAUGACUGUGCUGUUCAGUCAUGCGAUGCUUCACUGCUGCUGGACUCAACCAGGAGAACCUUGUCUGAGAAGGAGACAGACAGGAGCUUUGGCCUAAGGAACUUUAGGUACCUUGACACAAUCAAAGAAGCUGUAGAGAGGGAAUGUCCUGGAGUUGUUUCCUGUGCAGACAUCCUUGUGCUGUCUGCUAGAGAUGGCAUUGUUUCGCUAGGAGGUCCUUACAUCCCUCUAAAAACUGGAAGAAGAGAUGGAAGGAAAAGCAGAGCAGAUGUGAUCGAGCAGUACCUCCCAGACCAUAAUGAGAGCAUCUCUGUUGUUCUUGAGAGAUUUGCUGCCAUGGGAAUUGACACACCUGGAGUGGUUGCCUUGCUAGGAGCUCACAGUGUGGGUAGAACACACUGUGUGAAGCUGGUGCACCGUCUCUACCCAGAGGUUGAUCCAGUGCUAAACCCUGACCAUGUUGAGCACAUGCUCCACAAGUGCCCUGACUCAAUCCCAGAUCCUAAGGCUGUGCAAUACGUGAGAAAUGACCGUGGUACACCCAUGAUACUAGACAACAACUACUACAGAAAUAUAUUGGAUAACAAGGGCUUGUUGAUAGUGGAUCACCAACUAGCCACAGACAAGAGGACAAAGCCUUAUGUGAAGAAAAUGGCAAAGAGCCAGGACUACUACUUUAAGGAAUUUGCUAGGGCUAUCACAAUUCUGUCUGAGAACAACCCACUCACUGGUAACAAAGGUGAGAUAAGAAAGCAGUGCAAUGUUGCAAACAAGCUCCACUAGAAGAUUUAGUUACUUUCCUAGCUCAACUUUUCUUCCUCUUUAUAUGAGGAAGAAGAGUGAGAAUUAAAGAAUAAGAUGCUUUUCUACAUGGGUUUGCUUUGGAAUUGGGCACUUGCCACUUGGUAGUGGUAGUAGUAACUAGUGAGUGGUGAGCUAUUGGUGGAGACUAUGUUUAAUUACUUGCACUGUUUGUAGUAGCCUAGCUAAGUUUGCUUCUCUUUUAUGUUGGUGAUGGACAGGGGUAUGUUGGGAUGUAUGUAUAUGUUAUAUAUGUAUGGUUGGAUGGUGUACUGCAUGAUGCAUGGACUGCAAUGAUGACAAGUUAUUGAUGAUUCAUGCC